AUGGUCCGAGUAAAGGUUCCAAACGAAUUAAUAUUUUACAUAGUUUCAUAUCUUUACGAUAUUGAGAAAUCAUUAUUUAAAUAUGUCUUGGUUUCUCGAGAUUGGGCUAGGAUCGUUAUUCCAUUUUUAUGGGAAAAUUCUUUUCAUAAUGAAAAUUUUAAGAUUGAUUCAUUAAAACGAAUCAUAUAUUGUAAUUUAUCAUCUGAUAAACGAGAUCUUUAUAGUGAAUUUUUUUUAGAAAAAUAUCAUGCGAGACCAUUAUUUAAUUAUCUUUCUUUUGCGAAAAAGAUUAAUACUCUCCAAAUAAAAAAUAUUUUUGUUGAUUAUAAAAAUAUUCAGUUUAAUCUUACUGGUAUUAUAAAAACAGUAGUUAAUUUAUUGUUAAAAUCAUCUAAUCUGAUCGAAUUUAUUCAUAUACAUAAUAAAUUUGAUUUCUUCGAAAUGGUUAACGGAUAUAUGAAAGAUCAUAAAAUUUCAUUGAGUUUAUAUAAUCAAUUUUUAAAAUUGGACAUGUUAGAAAAUCUAGAUAAUUUAACAAGUCUUUCUUUAUCAUCUACUUAUUUACCUAAAUAUUUCGAUUCUUUAUUUGAUAAAAUUUCGAUUACAAAGAUGAAAAGUCUCGUAUUGAAAAGCAGUGUACAUAAUCGAAAUUUGAUUGAAAACAUUAUCAAAUUACAAAAUCUCAAAUCUCUUUCGUUGAUAAAUUCAAUUCAUGAUUUUGGUGAUUUUUUAUUGAUCAAAGAAAAAAUGAAGAAUCUUGUAUAUUUAAAAAUAAUUUCAUUCAAAGUUAAUCCAGAUACUGAAGGAGAAUAUUUGAUUAACGAAUUUGUUAAACAUGAAAAUUUAAAAAUAUUAAAAGUUAGAUUUGAUGAUAAUAAUAAUAAUUAUGAACAUGGACAUGGAAAAAGGCCAAGAUCAAAUGUGGUUAAAAAUUAA